UGGACUGCCAUAUUUCAACCUUUGAUUUCAACUAUUUUUAUCUUUACAGUAAAAUUCUCAAAAACUGACUAAUUCGAAUAAUAAUAUUCAUUGAUCCCAGAGAUUACAAUCACUUGUGAACAUGGAUUCUAGAAGAGAAGAUACGAAAUAUCACAAGUGUGAGUUGCUAGGCGAACGUGUUGACGUAGUAACAUCUUUCAUUGAUGCUGGAAUUUUCAUUAAUACAAGAAGAAGACUUAAAAGGUACAACUACUUUCUAGAAACACUAAAGGAAGUUCGAUUGUAUACUGGUUUCAGUAAUUAUUUGUUCCUCGUUAUAAAGAGCAUUUUGAAUAUGAUAUCUUUUCUCGUGGUUUUAACUAUUAUAUCUUACAGAAUUCUGAGAGAGUUUUCUGUUUACAAAAACAAAACUGCUGGACAAUUCACUGCCUCGGUUUUAGAAGUUGUGAUGAUGGUUGGUCAUGGAUAUCACAGCUCGGAAUUAUUGUUUGAUAAGUUAAUAUCAAUUUUUCUCAUUUUUUGCGGAUUUGUCAUACAUCUACUGGUAUUGGUUUAUGCUAUGGAAAUCUGGUAUAAGUUUUACAGUUGUGAGAAUAUGCAAAAUACUGUAUAUGAUGCUGUUGAUGCUUUCAUUAGGUACAAAGCUUUACCUGUUGGGAACAGAAACCGGAUAUUUCUCUACCUGAAUUUUAAAUAUCAACGGAAAUAUUAUAAGGAGUCUACUAUAGUAAGAAUAAUCUCAGAUGCUCUACGUCGGGAGAUUUUAGUCAGAAUUUCUAGAGAAAGUACACAGAGUGUAAUCUUGUUCAACCAUCUACCUGAAAGUAUUUUGGAAAAGUUGAGCGCCAGUCUGUCAUGUGAAAUAUACAUGCCUGGAGAUGUCAUUAUUAAAGCCGGGAUGUUCGGUCGAAGCAUGUUCUUCAUUCUAGCCGGUACUGUAGUAGUGAAAACUCCACAAGGAAAGGAAGUCUGUUACCUACGAGACGGUGCCCAUUUUGGAGAGAUAUCUUUGGUGGUGAACGUGGCCAGAGUGGCCACGGUUGUGGUCGUGACACCAUGUCAGGUGUUUCGGUUGAAUAGGCAUCAGUUUUUGAGCGUGGUCAGGCAUUAUCCUGAUUUACUCAAGCAAAUUCAUACUCAAGCUUUGGAGCGUUACGCUGAUACGACAACGUUGCAUAUGGACGGGCCGGAAUUAACUGACCGUUCUGAAUUAAUUCAGGUGACCGAUACUGCUGUAGAAAAUCGAGCCCCAGAGUGAUCAUAAUGAUUAUUGUUUAUGUAAAUUUUUGUAAUUAUUUAGUAUUAUUU